GGGGGGAAGCCACAAAGGAAGUUGGAGGAAUUACAAAUCUUCGGCCAUUUUGUUAUUUGUGAGUAGUGAAUAGACCGUAAAUUUCUGGAGCUUUUCUUCAGCGAAUUUGUGGUCUGUUUUGCCGAAAAGUGCUCGGGAAAUACUCGCUGCUUACCUGCGCUUUUAACUUCUUGAAAAUGUCAGAUCGAGAAGAAGAUUGCAACAUCGUCAAGAUGCGAGGCCUACCUUGGUCAGCAACAGUAGAAGAGAUAUUCAAGUUUUUUGAUGGCUGUAGAAUUCGUGGUGGCAAAAAUGGAGUGCAGAUGACCAUGUCAAGGGAAGGUCGCCCUAGCGGAGAAGCUUUUGUCGAAUUGGAAACUGAGGAUGAUGUUCAAAAAGCUUUGAAAAAGGAUAGAGACCACAUGGGGCCCAGAUAUAUUGAAGUGUUCAGAGCGAAACGUUCUGAAAUGGACUGGGUUCUUCGACGGAGUGGAAUGUCUUAUGACAAUGCAAUUGACGAGGGCUGUGUUCGUCUCAGAGGUCUUCCCUUUGGGUGCACUAAAGAUGAAAUUUCUGAUUUCUUCAAAGGACUGGAGAUAGUCUCGAAUGGGAUCAUUCUCCCGACAGACUACACGGGGCGCAGUACAGGGGAGGCUUACGUUGAGUUUGUUAACAAAGACAUGGCAGAAAAAGCUCUGCAGAAACACAAGGAAAAAAUAGGACACAGGUACAUUGAGAUAUUCCGCAGCAGCCGCGCCGAAGUGCAGUCGAUGAGUUUGAGAUCGAGGCCGAUGGGCGGAGGGGGCGGUGGUGGUGGUGGUGGCUUCAACCAGCGCCCCGCCCCCUAUGACCGCGGUGACCGAUUUGGUGGACUCAACCGCUUCAACUCCAACAGCAACAACAUGGGACCGCUCUCAAGACCAUCUCGCAAUUUCAAAAGCAGCUUCUCAGGUAGAGGCUUUUCCGAUUUCGACGAAGGUCGCUGGGAGCCGAGCCCGUGGAGCAACAGCCGCGACCUGCGCAGUGAGCUGCGAGGCAACGGGCCGAGCCGCGGCAGCAGCCGCGACAUGAUUGGCGGACGCAGCAACCAGAGCAGCUUCAACGACAACGGCGGACAUUGGAACGAUGGGCCCAUGCACGUCAUACACAUGCGAGGACUCCCUUUCAGGGCCAGCCAAUCUGAUAUUGCUGAUUUUUUCAGACCCAUCAACCCUGUGAAUAUUAGACUGCUCUGUGACGAUAAUGGAAGACCCUCUGGAGAAGCCGAUGUAGAAUUCCUCUCACGCGAUGAUGCAGUUCGUGCUAUGUCCAAGGAUAAGGGCAACAUGCAGCACCGCUACAUUGAGUUGUUCAUGAACUCGGAGCGCGGCGGAGGCGGUGGAGGUGGCAGUGGAGGCGGCUCAGGUGGAUUCGGAAACAGCAGCUACAACGGUGGCGGGGGCGGUUACGGAGGUAGAGGUGGAGGUGGCAGAUGGGCGGAUAAUGGGAGAGGAUACAUGUGAAAAUCAAGAAAGUGAUUAAUCCAUCACUUGAAUUAAAGGAUUUUCAUGUGGGAUAAUUGCUGCUCAGAUAAAACCUUAAGAACUCAUAUUGAACUUCUUGCUGGAUAAGAAGUUGAUAAAGCAUGUUUCUUCCUCUUUGUUUUCCAUAUUAAAGUAUUGUUCUUUAAUUUUCCAUUUCUACAUUUUACAUUUCUUCAUUAUAUUGUAAUUUAAAAAGAAGUGAUUUUUAAGAAUUAAUCUUUUGAAUCUAGAAUUUUAAUGUAGUUCAUUGAUAUUUGGAAUAAUUUUGAUUUAACUCAUUUAUUGUGUUGGUGUUGACACCCGAGGGUUGUUCCACUUCAUCAUACACCAGCUUAUUAGGAGGGCCAUUUUUUCACAUAUCUUGAGAUACAGACAAGCAGUAGGGGAUGAUUUUCACAAAACUGAAGAGCGUCUUCUCCCCAUCAACGAUCUGUUAUCGGUGCGGCCUGGGCCCUGUUACAUGAUUAAUUCAUUCAUUCAUUUAAACAUUUCAAUGCGGGAGCAUACAGGGAAAUGCCCAAAAAUUGCUCCCUAAUCAAACAAUUACAAAAUUUACAAUAAUUGAUGAUAAUUUACAAAAGAAAAAAGGUAAAAAAAUAAAUAUGAAGAAAAUUAAAAACUAAAACAUACCUUAUUUGAACAAUACAAAAUUCAAACUGAGCUAAGUAAGUAAUUCAAUAUUGAUUCUACGCUAAAGACUAAAUGAAUAUGGAGUGAUAAAUGUAAUUAUUGAUUACUAAAUACUAUAGACCACCUACAUGAAUAUGGAUUGGUAAAUAUUAUUUAGUGAUGAUUGAAUAGAUUUAUGUAAAUGAAAGAUUAACUAAUAAUACCAGUAGUCAGCUCCGUUUUUUUUUCUUUUUUUGCCAACAAAUGACAUAAAUCCACCGAUAUGAUUGAAAUGAUUAAAGUUUACACAGAACGUAAUAAGUCAUUAUUUUGUGUGUCUUUUAUAUAAAUUUUUCUUGUAUGUAUGGUCAAUCUGAGGUUGAAAAAAUGACCCUCGUAUAUUAUUUAAAAUAAUAAUAGAUUUAUAAUAUUAUAUUAUUUGUCAGGCUUAAUGAUAAUUGUGAGAAUAUCUUAACGGAUGGAUAUACAUACCAAGUUGAAAUAUUGAAUCAUAGUGUUAUUAAUCAGAGAAUAAUUCUGACAAGCCAAUAAUAAUUUGGACACACAUUCCUCAUCAACCCCUGCAUUUUAAAAGUAAAGAAGUAUUGUGGUAAAGUAGUAAUUAUCAUGGAUCUACUGAUCAAUUUAAUUCAGCUUAAUUUAUUUAACAUAUAGAUAUCUCAGUGAUUCUGUGAAUCUAUAGAUUUCUUGUGCUGUAAGUGAUACGUUUGUGUACAUUUUUUUUAAAUAAACUAUUUAAAUCUAAAA